AUGUUGUUGCCAUUAUUUAUUGGUAAAAUUAUAGAUGCGGGGCUGGAUGAAUUAGUCAAAAUCAAAGAAGAAGCAGAUACAGAGAAUCAACCAGACAAAGAAAAAAACGACAGUGAUGGGCUUCUAUUAGGAUUAGAACCAAUUCAAUUCUAUUCUGUAUUAGCUGUUUUAUUCACAGUUGGAGCUGUUGCCAAUUUUGGUAGAACCUAUUUAUUAAGAACAGUAGGGGAAAGAUUAGUAGCUCGAUUAAGAUCCCGAUUAUUUCUGAAGAUUUUAGAACAAGAUUCGAUUUUCUUUGAUAUUGGACCUACUGGUAAUGGUAUGAAAACUGGUGAUUUAAUCUCUCGUAUUUCAAAUGAUGCUCAAAUUAUAUCAAAAACCUUAAGUGGAAAUAUAAAUGAUGGUAUUAGAGCUCUGAUUAGUGGAUUAGUAGGAUUAUCAAUGAUGUGUUACGUAUCAUGGAAGUUAACCUUAUGUAUGAGUCUUAUGUUCCCACCAUUGAUUUUAAUGUCAUUAUUUUAUGGUCGUAAGAUUAAAACAUUAUCUAAAUUAAUUCAAGAAAAUUUAGGUGCAAUGACAAAAGUUACUGAAGAGAAAUUAAAUGGGAUUAAAACGAUUCAAAGUUUUUCUCAACAAAAAUUAAUGGUACAUCAAUAUAAUGAAGAAGUUAAACAUAUUUUUGAUAAUGGAUUAAGAGAAGGGAAAUUAUCUGGGAUUUAUUAUGCUAUUAAUGGAUUUUUAGGUAAUACUACUAUCAUUGGAUUAUUAGUGAUUGGAAAUCAAUUAAUUAUUAAUGGAGAUUUAAGUGUUGGAGAUUUAUCAAGUUUUAUGAUGUAUGCACUUUAUACAGGAGGAGCUGUAUUUGGACUUGGGAAUUUUUAUUCUGAAUUAAUGAAAGGUUUAGGAGCAUCAGAAAGAAUAUUUGAAUUAAUCGAUUAUAGAUCAAAUAUACCGGUUAGAUCAGGUGAAAAAGUUGAUAAUCUUCAUGGAAAUAUUGAAUUUAGAGAUAUUAAAUUUAAAUAUCCAUCUCGUACUACAUCAACAAUAUUCAAUGGAUUAAAUUUAACGAUUGAAAAGGGGUCAAAUAUUUGUAUAGUUGGACCAUCAGGAAGUGGGAAAUCAACUAUUUCUCAAUUAUUAUUAAGAUUUUAUGAUCCAAUUGAAGGUCAAGUUAUAGUUAAUGGAUAUAAUAUUCUGGAUCUUAAUUUGAAUUAUUAUAGAACCAAAUUAGGAUAUGUUCAACAAGAAUCAUUAUUAUUUAAUGGAACUAUUCGUGAGAAUAUUUUAUUUGGUAGAAAUGAUGCAACUGAAGAAGAUAUUUAUGAUGCAUUAAGAUUAAGUAAUUCAUUUGAUUUUGUGAAUAAUUUACCUGAUGGUUUAGAUACUAAUAUUGGAUCAUUAAAUAGUACUCAAUUAAGUGGAGGUCAAAAGCAAAGAUUAUCGCUAGCGAGAACCUUAAUUAGGAAACCUAAAAUCUUACUUUUAGAUGAAGCCACUUCAGCUUUAGAUUCCAUUAGUGAAGAGAUUGUGCUUACCAAUUUAAAGCAUUUAAAUAAUAAUGAGAAUAUUACCAUAAUAUCGAUUGCUCACCGAUUAUCCACCAUUAAAAACAGUGAUAGAAUCAUUGUCUUAGAUCAUCAUGGUAAUAUAGUUGAAGAUGGUCAAUUUAAUGAAUUAUAUGAAAACCCUGAUAGUGCUUUAAAUCGGUUAUUAAAGAAUAAUGAUGCUUGA